AUGCGUCGCUUUGAGAGGAUCUACGACGUCGUUGAGCCCGUCGAGGAUCACAAGGCUGGCGGCUAUCACCCUGUACAUCUGGGAAAUCUGUUUAAUGAGAGGGACAACAGGCUGCAGAGAGAUGUCACCUUGAAAAUCCUCAAAGCUACUACCUCGGAGAAGAGCAAAGAGCUCUCCGUUCUUACUCAAUUGUCGCAGCUGGGAAUACCUCAUCCCGGCAAGGAACAUGUUCUUUCCCUUCUCGGCCAUUUUGAACAUAAAGGUCCGAACGGUUUACACCUUUGUCUUGUGUUCCCUCCAAUGAUGUCUGACGGCGAGGCAAUGACAUAUCGUAAGAAGGCUCGAAAUGUCAUGUUUGUGCGGAACAUAUCCACACAGAUCAUUAUUGGCUUGGAAUUUCUUCAUGAAAUGAAUAUCAUUCAUAGUGAUCUGCACCCCGCGAACAUACUUUUAAAUACGAACCAGGCCAAGUUUCAGAACCUUCUUACGCCACCAGAGUUUAGUCCCCGACCCUACGGUAUGCUAGAUACUGCCGAUACUUCAUCGUUGAUGGUCAAGAUUGGUGAUCUUGGCGGAGCCUUUCAAUCGAAUGAUAAGAACUCCCGUCCUGUGACUCCAUUAGGGAUGAAAGCCCCUGAACUGCUUGAUGGGCGAUCAUUGGAUAAUAAGAUUGAUAUUUGGGCACUAGGUUGCUUAAUAUUCCAGCUUGCUACAAAUGAGCCUCUCUUUCCUGUGAUGGCGUUCGGAUGUACCACUGAAGAAUGUCGCGCAAUUUUGAAGGAUCUCAUCGCUCAGAUCAUUGGAAAUGGCUAUGACGGCUUUGCCGUCCACGUUGGGGAAAGACUGCGAUCUGAUUUUGAUGCAGAAACCACGGGACUAUUUGCUUCGUUUCUCUGGUCAAUGCUUCAACGGGAUCCGCAGUCCCGAUCCUCUGCCAGUGAACUUCUGAGGCAUCCAUUUAUGCAUCGUUGA